AUGGCUCCCAAUGUGACAUCCUUCAACGCCCUUCGGGCUCGCACCUAUCUCUUCCGGCUGCCAUUGUUUACGAGAAUCGUGAACCUAGUCAUCAUUGCCGCAUGGAUCGCGGGCGUUCAGUCGGCUUGGGACAUCAGGCAAUGGGGCGCCUUGAUUCCUGAUCAGCUGUCAUUCACAUCUUCGUACCGAAUGAACACAUUUCCCUUUAUCCAUAAAAAUUUCAUCCACGCGAUCAUGAAUCUCUUGGCCUUGACACCGCUGAUGGAGCGCUUCGAGGCGGAAUUUGGUACCCUGACCUCAAUAGCGCUCUUUAUCGGUCCUCUUUCCACGAUUCCGGCCGUUCUAUACGUUUUGAUCGAACGAUUUCUCUUCAAGGGCAACGUUGGAGUUAUGGGAGCCAGUGUUUGGGUCUUCUUGCUCCUCGGCAUGGAAGCAAUUCGAACCUCCAAGACAAACCCCCAACUGACGAUUGCGACGUACUCGAUUCCUAUGUGGACAACGCCUCUGAUCCUCAUCUUGGUGGUUACGGCGCUCGUCCCUGGCACAAGCUUACUAGGCCACCUUUGCGGCGUCUUGGUUGGGUAUUUAUUCGGUCUCGGCUACUUAAAGUUCCUAAGCCCACCUGAGAAGGCCCUGAGAUGGGUCGAGUCCAAGCUGAACCUGUUGGGCCGUUUGCCUCACUAUGUAAGCGUGGACCAGAAGACCUAUGGCCGGUUUGGCGUUUUGCCUUCAAGCAACCAUGCCGGCAGCGGCAGCGCUCCCAUUGCACUUGUUGGUACCACUCAAAGACUUGGACCAUGA